AUGAAGUUCCAAAUCGAGGACGUGACCGUAUACUUCCCGUACGACAACAUCUACCCCGAGCAAUACCACUACAUGGUCGAACUCAAGCGCGCCCUCGACGCCAAAGGCCAUUGCCUCCUAGAGAUGCCCACCGGCACCGGAAAAACCAUAGCCCUUCUUUCUCUAAUCACGAGCUACGCCCUGUCGAAGCCCUCUAACCCGGUGAAGCUUCUGUACUGCACCCGCACCGUGCACGAAAUGGAGAAAACCCUAGCCGAAUUAAAGUUUCUGCACAAUUACCAGGUCAAGUGUUUGGGCCCCUCGGCGAGGAUCCUGGCGUUGGGGCUCUCGUCGAGGAAGAACUUGUGCGUGAAUCCGAGAGUUGUGUCAGCUGAGAAUCGGGAUUCGGUCGAUGCAGCUUGCCGCAAGCUUACAGCGAGCUGGGUAAGGGCAUUGGCAGUCGAAAAUCCGAAUACCCCCACGUGUGAGUUUUUCGAGGAUUAUGAGAAGGCGGGUUCGGAUGCGGUUUUGCCUCCAGGAGUUUACACGCUGCAGGAUUUGAGGGUAUUUGGAAAAGAGAAAGGGUGGUGCCCGUACUUUUUAGCACGCCAUAUGGUUCAAUUUGCAAAUGUGGUGGUCUAUAGUUACCAGUACCUGCUUGAUCCUAAGGUUGCUGGAAUCAUAUCAAAGGAGAUGCAAAGAGAAUCUGUUGUUGUUUUUGACGAGGCGCAUAAUAUUGACAAUGUGUGCAUUGAGGCCCUUAGUGUUAGUGUAAGAAUGCAGACUCUUGAAGGAGCAACAAGGAAUCUGAAUAGGAUGUCUCAGGAGAUCGAUAGGUUAAAGGCCACUGAUGCUGGUCGACUUCGUGCAGAAUACAAUCGGCUCGUUGAAGGGUUGGCACAAAGGGGGAACCUUCCCAUUGGUGACUCCUCGUUUGCAAAUCCUACUUUGCCCGAAGAUAUAUUAAAGGAAGCAGUACCUGGAAAUAUAAGGCGUGCAGAGCACUUCUUAUCUGUCUUGCGCAGACUUGUACAGUAUUUCAAAGGCCGGCUGCAGACUGAAAACGUUGAGAAAGAGGGACCCGUCACUUUUGUUGCUUCUAUUAAUGCCCAAGUAGGAAUUGAUCAGAAAAUGCUACGGUUUUGUUAUGACCGGCUUCACUCGCUGUUGUUGACAUUGGAGAUAACCGAUACUGACGAGUUUUUACACAUUCAAACCAUUUGCGAUCUGGCGACUCUUGUGGGGACAUACACUCGUGGAUUUUCUAUUAUCAUUGAGCCUUUUGAUGAAAGAAUGCCACAUAUACCUGACCCUGUACUCCAGCUCUGUUGUCACGAUGCUUCUCUAGCCAUAAGGCCAGUUUUUGAAAGGUUCCAGUCAGUUGUUAUUACUUCUGGUACACUGAGCCCCAUCGAUCUUUACCCCCGUCUUCUUAAUUUCAAUCCUGUGGUCAGUCGAAGUUUUACAAUGUCCUUAACGAGGGAUUGCAUAUGCCCAAUGGUUCUCACUCGUGGAAGUGAUCAGCUUCCUGUGAGCACAAAGUAUGAUCUGAGAAGUGACCCUGGUGUGGAGAAAAAUUACGGCAAACUUUUGCUUGAAAUGGUGUCUGUUGUUCCGGACGGGAUUGUGUGCUUCUUCGUGAGUUAUUCUUACAUGGAUGGAAUUGUCAAUAGCUGGCAUGAAUCGGGAAUUUUGAAGGAGAUAAUGCAGCAUAAACUCGUCUUUAUAGAGACUCAGGAUGUUGUUGAAACCACACUGGCGUUAGACAAUUACCGCAGGGCUUGCGAUUGUGGAAGAGGUGCUGUUUUCUUCUCGGUCGCUAGGGGAAAAGUGGCAGAAGGUAUCGAUUUUGACAGACAUUAUGGCAGACUUGUAAUAAUGUUUGGUGUUCCUUUCCAGUACACUCUUAGCAGAAUAUUGCUGGCAAGGCUGGAAUAUUUGCGCGAGACAUUCCAAAUAAAAGAGGGUGACUUUCUGACUUUCGAUGCUCUGAGACAAGCUGCCCAGUGUGUAGGGCGAGUUAUUCGAUCAAAGGCAGAUUAUGGAAUGAUGAUUUUUGCUGACAAGAGAUAUAGCCGCCAUGACAAACGUUCGAAGCUGCCUGGUUGGAUACUGUCACAUUUAAGGGAUGCCCACCUGAACUUGAGUACGGACAUGGCAGUGCAUAUUGCAAGAGAGUUCUUGAGGAGGAUGGCUCAGCCUUACGAUAAGAAUGGGGCACUCGGUAAGAAAACCCUUCUGUCUCAGGAAGACUUGGAAAAGAUGGUUAAUGGAGUUGGAGAUAUGAUAUUUUGA